AUGUCAAAGCCUGCUGAUAAUCUUCCAUGGGUUGAAAAAUACCGUCCAAAAAAUCUUGACGAUAUUGUUCAGCAAGAAGAGGCUGUUAAAGCUUUAAAAACUACACUUGAAACAGGAGAUUUACCUCAUUUAAUUUUUCAUGGCCCACCAGGAACAGGAAAAACAUCUCUUGCAUUAGCAUUAUGCCGCUCUCUCUUUGGUGAAGACUUUAGACUACGCGUAAAGGAAUUAAAUGCUUCAGAUGAGCGUGGUAUUGAUGCUGUUCGCAGUUCAGUUAAAGAAUUUGCAUCGUUAGCAGUUCCAAAUGGAAAAAUCCCAUUCAAAAUUGUAAUUUUAGAUGAAGCAGACUCAAUGACUUCGGCUGCUCAAAAUGCUUUAAGACGUAUUAUUGAAACAUACUCCGCAGUCACACGUUUUAUCAUUAUUUGCAACUAUGUUUCGAAGAUUAUCGAUCCAAUUUUAUCUCGUUGCGCUAAGUUCCGCUUCAAACCACUUGAUCGUCCAGCAAUUAUACAGAGAUUACACAAAAUAUUCGAUGACCAAAACUUAUCUGUUGAUAAGGAAGAGACAUUUGAGACAUUAGUUGAUAUUUCCGGAGGUGAUCUCCGUAAAGCAAUUACUUUUGCUCAAUCAGCAGCAUCAACAUGUAUUGAAACUAGAAAGAUUACAUCUGAGAUUAUCACCAGUAUUAGCGGUGCUGCAAACCCAUCAGAUGUUGAAAACUAUUUCCAUACCUGCUUAAGUGCAGAUUGGGAUACAAUUGAAAACGCAACAACAGACUUAGUUUAUGCAGGAUAUGAUAUUAGCCAAAUCUUUGAAAUCCUCAUCAGUCUUAUAGUAAAAUCAAAUGAAAUCCCAGAAGCAAAGAAGCCUCAGCUAAUUCUUAAGAUAGCCCAAGCAGAUGGAUCUAUAAUCAACCGCGCCGAUCCUCAAUUCCAACUUCUUGGUAUUUCCGCAUCAAUCAGAGCUUCUAAAUAA